UAAUAAGACUUGUUUCCACUUGUAACUUCCUUUUCCUCACCAAUAUUCCAACAUGGGAUACAGAGGCCGUAGGAAGCAUCUGAAGCGGUUAGUUGCCCCCAAGGCAUGGAUGUUGGACAAGCUUGGAGGUGUUUUUGCACCAAAGCCCAGUACUGGACCCCACAGAUCCAGGGAAUGCUUGCCACUGGUAGUGUUCCUGCGUAACAGAUUGAAGUACGCCCUUACAGCAGAUGAAGUGAAAAAAAUUGUCAAACAGAGAUUGAUCAAGAUUGAUGGCAAAGUCCGCACAGACACGAGAUACCCUGCUGGAUUCAUGGAUGUAAUCAGCAUUGAGAAGACUGGAGAAAACUUCCGUCUGUUGUAUGAUGUGAAAGGAAGGUUCACAAUUCACAGGAUUAAGCCUGAGGAGGCUAAGUACAAAUUAUGCCGUGUGAGAAAGCAGGAAGUUGGACCAAAGGGAAUCCCUUAUGUAACCACCAGUGACGGCCGAACAAUAAGAUACCCAGACCCAUUGGUCAAAGUACACGACACUGUGAUGGUUGACAUUGCCUCUGGCAAAAUCAAGGACUACAUCAAAUUUGACAGUGGUAACCUUUGCAUGAUUACUGGAGGCCAUAACUUGGGACGAGUGGGGGUUAUCCAGCACAGAGACAGACAUCCAGGGGGAUUUGACAUUGUACAUGUAAAAGAUGCUGUCGGACAUUCAUUUGCUACAAGAUUGAGCUAUGUGUUUGUUAUUGGCAAGGGCAACAAGCCAUGGGUAUCCCUACCACGCGGCAAGGGAGUCAAACUUUCCAUUGCUGAAGAAAGAGACAGAAGAAUGGCUAUGAAAAGCCAGUGAAAUCUCUUGUAAAUUAUUAGAGACAAUAAACCGCUGUGAAGAGAAAAUAA